AUGUUCCAUGUUCCACCACCAACGCGCAUCUGCGGUCUAUUUCGAGAAGACGACGAAGCCUCUAUUCAUACCUACCUGACCAGCUUCUGCUACCUUACUUUGGGUAGGGCUGAGGAGAAGGAAGGAAGACUGCUUCCGUCUUGUCGAUGGUCUCAUCUUGACCCUUACACCAUUCACGACGAGAUGCUACUAUUUUUGCUAGAGGUUUUACUCCUCGGAGCGCUGCUCCUUGGACUCGUUUACUACUUUCUUCUCUUGCCUCCUAGAUACCCGCAAAACAUCCCGGCGAUACCGUUCUGGGUAGCCCUCAUUCCCUUCUUUAAGGACGUUGACCAGUCGGACAUUUUCCGUCAGUACAUCGACAAGCCGCUGCGUACUCAUGGAGCAGUCAAAAUUUUCUUUGGCGCGCAAUGGAACAUCUUGGUACAUCGUCCCUCGUAUCUGGUUGAAAUAUUCAAAGACGAGGAUUUGUACGAGAAGAGCGGCAACCAGAAGAAAAUCCCACACAGCGUCCUGGCAGAGUUCCUUGGCGACAAUAUUAUCUCGGCAAGAGGCGACGUCUGGAAGAACUAUCGGUCGGUCAUCAAGCCAGGCCUCCAGAGGAAUUUCGAUGGCGAAAUCAUCGAAAGCAACGCAGUCAGCCUGUGCCGUCUCCUUCGUGAAUCCCAAAAGCGGGCCGGCAGCGGAGGCGGUGGCGUUGCUGUGCAGGACCUGUUGCAGCGGUAUUCCGUCUCCAACUUCACCGAAGCCGUCUUGGGUACGAAGUUGCAUGCACUCGACAGGGCAGAUGCUCCUAUCAAUCUCCUCCAGACGGCGGUCAAGAGGGAGAUCUUCAAGCCCAUCUUUAUGAGCUUUCCAUUCCUCGACAGGUUGCCGCUCAAGUCUCGCUUGGCGGCCCGACGCACUGUGGGCCUGUUCAAGAACGAGCUCAAACGCGCGCUGCAGGCGAGCCACCACAUGCCUAUGGAGAAGACAUCAUCCCUGUCAGACCAAUCCGACGACAAACUCGGCCAGCGCAUGCUCGACGCCAGAGCAUCGGGCAUGUGGGAUGAGAAGCAGCUCCUCGACAACCUCACCGUGUCAUUCGUGGCCGGUCAAGAGAACCCACAGCUGCUCAUGAUAUCGAGCCUGUAUCUUUUGGCGAAACAUCCUGAGGCGCAAGAGGCUUUGCGCCAAGAAAUCCUUUCCAAGGAUGCCAAGUCUUCAGCAGAUCUGGCCAAAGAAGACAUGCCGUAUCUCACCUCGCUCAUCUACGAGUGCUUGCGCUUGUUCCCUCCCAUUGGUCAAUUGAUCAACCGGAAGGCUGCGGAGACGGCGCUGCUAGGCGGCGACGUCGUAAUCCCAAAAGGGACAUAUGUCGGCUACCACUGCUACUCAACAAACCGAUGCCCGACUGCGUGGGGUCCCACAGCAGACAAGUUUGACCCCGGACGGUGGGGAUCAUCCUCAGAAGUUAUUCAGCAAAACUACCGCCGCCGUCGGGUAAGGGGGGAGUGGAUCAGCUUUCAUGGUGGCAAACGCGCGUGCCUCGGAGAGAAAUUCGCAAUGUUGGAAAUGAGGACCACCCUGAUCCAGCUGGUCCGCGAAUUCUCCUUCGCUUUGGACCCGAUGUGGGUUGACCGCAAGACUCCGGUAAGUUUAAGCCUGUUGCUGCCUAUGUGCCCGCGGUAG